GCUCUCCGCUCGAAGCCUCGCGAGAGGGACGGCGCGGGCCGAGGGACAAACCGCCCCGGAGCGCGGCGCGUUGCCGAGCAACGCCGAAGCCACCGUUGGAGGGAGCGGCGCUCAUGGCCAAGGUGGUGGUGGCAGGUAAGGCUAACUGCCCUUACUAUGCCAAAGCUGAACUCCUGGCGGACUAUCUUCAGGCUAACUUACCGAACUUCAGGGUUCACAAGAUCACUCAGCACCCCGACAAAUGGGAGCAGUGGCUUCAUGACACCUGUGAAAUGAAUAGAUGGGAACACAGAUGUUCUCCUAUCAUUUGGAGAGAACUGUUGGACCGUGGAGGGAAGGGUCUGCUUCUGGGAGGACUUAAUGAUUUUCUGGAAUACGCUCAGCACUAUUACGGCAUCACCUCAAGGAUGUUGAGUGAGGAAAUGUUAAGCAUUGCUGAGGAAAACCUCCAGGAGUAUAUUGAAGUUGAAAAAGAGGAGGAAGAGACUAAAAAUCUUAUCAAGCCUUUGCAGAUCUGGAUCACCGGUGCAUCAACUCCAAUCUGUUAUCACCUGAUCCCUCUGUUGGCAAAUGGAGAAGUGUUUGGCAUGACCACAGAAAUCAGUAUCCAUUUGCUUGACACUGACCAGUCUAAGGAAGUUCUUUGUGGUAUUGUAAUGGAAGCUGAAGACAUGGCUCUCCCACUCCUCCGCAGUAUUUCAGAGCACACUGAAAUAAAUGAGGCUUUUAUUCAAGCCGAUGUUGUCAUUGUUCUUGAUGAUGUCCUCUUAAACUGUAAAGUCCAAUCCCGUGAGAACUACAUAAGAGAAGUGAGUGAGAUCUGUCAAGUAUAUGCUCCCUUGAUUGAGAAGAAUGCCAAGAGUGAAGUCAGAGUAAUUUCAUCAGGAAAAACCUUUGUGAACCUUAAGGCGCUGAUGAUUAUGACAUAUGGCCCGUCCAUUAAGCCUAAAAAUGUCAUUGCCGUUGCGACAACCUGGGAAAGUGCAACUAAAGCCACACUGGCCAGGAAGCUGAAUACAAAUGUAGCAGGAGUUAAAAACGUCAUUGUUUGGGGCAAUAUUACUGGCUCUAACUACAUUGAUUUGUCACAUGCAAAACUUUAUGGAUAUGACAGUGCUAUUUGGGGCCCAGCUGAUUUUUCACGUCCUCUGUUGAGUAUGAUUUAUGAUAGAGAAUGGAUCCACUCAGAAUUGCAAUCUGCACAGAGUUCACUGAGUUCCCAGCUCUGUUGCUAUGGAGGAAUGUUACCUGCUCACUCAGUGGCCACUGUACUAAGAUACUGGUACCACGGCUCUCCUCCUAAGGAGAUUGUUUCUGUGGGAAUACGUACUGAAGGUCAGUUUUGUGUUCCUGAAGGUAUUGUCUUCUCUAUGCCAGUGAGGUUCCAGAAUGGUAACUGGGAAGUCAUGACAGAAUUUAAAAUCAAUAAAAAGACCCGAGAAGUUCUGGGAUGCUUAGCCCAUGAGCUGAUUCAGGAAAAGCUCGUUGCACUAAAGGAAAUACAAGAAAUGCAACCAUACGGAGGUGAUAAAAUCACUGGUUAAAAAUAUUUACGUCAGGAGAUGGAAACUUUGUCUGCUGUCUUACCUUGACGAGAGCUGUCUGGAGGAGAAAUGCUGAAAGUUCCCAUACUAAAAUGAUGUUUUCCAUUGCUCAAAGAAAGGCUAAACAUUGUCACAGUUUUUACAGUGUCUUCCUUGUUAAAAACCUGGAAAUCUGUAGGAAGAAAAAUGUUUCAAAAGUGUGAAUAUAACAUUCUUUAUAUGGAGCCUUUAAUGAGUCUAGGAUUUCUACUUCUUCAGACCAGUAAAACAUUUUGAAAACAUCAUUUAAUGUCUAAAAUGUUCAUAUUUUGACAAUUCAGAGCAAGAUUGGGAGUAGCACAUAGGAGUAGCAGUUUUAUAACUCCAGAUUUAUGUCUCAGAUGUAACGAAACACAGUACUGUAUAAGAAUA